CUAAUCCAGUGGGAAGAUAGUGGUCAUAAGAAUCUGAGUCCACUAGGUUCUUUAGGUACCUUCGAAGUUCAUAACUGUCUUAAAAUCUGAGGAUUCCACCAAGAUAAUAUGAUAAGAACUCACAAUGAUUUGGAACCACAUCCUACUUAAACUAAUGUAAGACGUGCAGAUUUCAUGAGAGUGUGGUACAGCUGCAAACAUUGCUUUCCCAUUGGCAUAGGCAGUAAUGCCAUCUCUGCCUCAGGAGGGAGUUAUUCAGGGACCCUCUCCCCUGGAUUUGAAUAUGGAGUUACCUUAUCAAAGCACCAUGAAAAGAAAAGUUAGAAAGAAGAAAAAAAAGGGAAUCAUUACUGCAAAUGUUGCUGGGACAAAAUUUGAAAUUGUUCGCUUAGUAAUAGAUGAAAUGGGAUUUUUGAAAACUCCAGAUGAGGAUGAAACGAGUAACCUUAUAUGGUGUGAUUCUGCUGUUCAGCAGGAGAAAAUUGUAGAGCUGCAGAAUUACCAGAGGAUCAACCAUUUUCCAGGAAUGGGGGAGAUCUGUAGAAAGGAUUUCUUAGCAAGAAAUAUGACCAAAAUGAUCAAGUCUCGGCCUCUGGAUUAUACCUUUAUUCCUCGAACAUGGAUCUUCCCUUCUGAAUAUACUCAAUUCCAGAACUACGUGAAAGAGUUGAAGAAAAAACGGAAGCAGAAAACUUUUAUAGUAAAACCAGCUAAUGGUGCAAUGGGUCAUGGGAUUUCUUUGAUACGAAAUGGUGAUAAACUUCCAUCUCAGGAUCAUUUAAUUGUUCAAGAAUACAUUGAAAAGCCUUUUCUAAUGGAAGGUUACAAGUUUGAUUUACGAAUUUAUAUUCUGGUAACAUCAUGUGAUCCAUUAAAAAUAUUUCUGUACCAUGAUGGACUUGUGCGAAUGGGAACAGAAAAGUAUAUUCCACCUAAUGAGUCCAAUUUGACCCAGUUAUACAUGCAUCUGACAAACUACUCUGUGAACAAGCAUAAUGAACGUUUUGAACGGGAUGAAACUGAAAACAAAGGCAGCAAACGUUCCAUCAAAUGGUUUACAGAAUUCCUACAAGCCAAUCAACAUGACGUUGCUAAGUUUUGGAGUGAUAUUUCAGAAUUGGUGGUAAAGACUCUGAUUGUAGCUGAACCUCAUGUCCUGCAUGCGUAUCGAAUGUGUAGGCCUGGUCAACCUCCAGGCAGUGAAAGUGUCUGCUUUGAAGUCCUGGGAUUUGACAUUUUGUUGGAUAGAAAACUAAAACCAUGGCUUCUGGAGAUUAAUCGAGCCCCAAGCUUCGGAACUGAUCAGAAAAUAGACUAUGAUGUAAAAAGGGGUGUGUUGCUCAAUGCACUGAAGCUACUAAACAUCAGGACCAGCGAUAAAAGGAGAAACUUGGCCAAACAAAAAGCUGAGGCUCAAAAGAGGCUUUAUGGUCAAAAUUCAAUAAAAAGACUCUUACCAGGUUCCUCAGACUGGGAACAGCAGAGACACCAACUGGAGAGGCGGAAAGAAGAGUUGAAAGAGAGACUUGCUCAAAUACGGAAGCAGAUUUCAAGAGAAGAACAUGAAAAUCGACAUAUGGGGAAUUAUAGACGAAUUUAUCCUCCAGAUGAUAAAACACUGCUUGAGAAGUAUGAAAAUUUGUUGGCUGUUGCCUUUCAGACCUUCCUUUCAGGAAGAGCAGCCUCAUUCCAGCGAGAGCUGAAUAAUCCUUUGAAAAAAAUGAAGGAGGAAGAUAUUUUGGAUCUUCUGGAACAGUGUGAAAUUGAUGAUGAAAAAUUGAUGGGAAAAGCUACCAGGCCUCGAGGACCAAAGCCUCUAUGUUCUAUGCCAGAGAGUUCCGAGGUAAUGAAAAAGCAGAAGUAUUGCAGCAGCGACAGCAGUUAUGAGAGUAGCGGCAGCUCCUCAGAAUCUGACGAAAACGAAGAAUACCAAAAUAAGAAAGGAGAUGAAGAGCAAGUUCCAUAUGAUCUUAAGCACUCCAACCACUGCAAAUUAGUUCAACAAUCCAAUUCCAUGAGGCGGUCAGUCAGUUGCCCUCGGUCCAUCUCUACUCACUCACUUCCCAUGGGGGACAUUCGCCCUGUUUCUGCUCAACAAGUGAUAUCAAUAUCACGGCCAACUUCAGCAUCUCGGUCACAUUCCUUGAAUCGUGCUUCCUCCUACAUGAAACAGCUCCCUCCUGGUAAUGAAGCCAACUCUGCCAACUCUGAGGUGAGUGAGACUUUGCGGCAGCUGAAAACAAAAGAACAAGACGAAGAUUUAACAAGUCAGACCUUAUUUGUUCUCAAAGACAUGAGGAUCCGGUUUCCAGGAAAGUCAGAUGCAGAAUCAGAACUUCUGAUAGAAGAUAUCAUCGAUAACUGGAAGUAUCAUAAAACAAAAGUGGCUUCAUAUUGGCUCAUAAAAUUGGAUUCUGUGAAACAGCGAAAAGUGUUGGACAUAGUAAAAACAAGCAUUCGUACAGUUCUUCCACGCAUCUGGAAGGUAGCUGAUGUUGAGGAAGUAAAUUUAUAUCGGAUUUUCAACCGGGUUUUUAAUCGCUUACUCUGGAGUCAUGGCCAAGGACUCUGGAAUUGUUUCUGUGAUUCAGGAUCCUCCUGGGAGAGUAUAUUCAGUAGAAGCCCAGAGAUGGUAACUCCUUUGCAGCUCCAGUGUUGCCAGCGCCUGGUGGAGCUUUGUAAACAGUGCUUGCUAGUGGUUUACAAAUAUGCAACCGACACAAGAGGAUCACUCUCAGGCAUUGGUCCUGACUGGGGUAAUUCCAGGUAUUUACUACCAGGAAGUACCCAGUUCUUCAUGAGGACACCAAUCUACAACACAAAAUACAAUUCUCCUGGAAUGACUCGCUCCAAUAUUUUGUUUACAUCCCGAUAUGGCCAUUCAUGAAACUGAAAGGAAGAUCCAUCAUAGGUCAUGCAUAAUAGCAAUUAAUUUACUGCCUCAAGUUGAACACACAAAGACAGUAACCAUUAAGUGCUGUUUUAUGUAUAUAUGACAUAUAUGUGUGGAAAUAUAUGCACACAUGCACUCAAAUUAUAUAUGUAUGUAUAUAUAUUUAUUAUAAUAUAUGAAAGAAGAAUUAGCAGAAAACUGAAUAUAAGAUUUAACCUUUCUGGAAAUGUAAUAAACCAUGUUAAAUUGUUUACACAAA